AGAACCUCCAACAGCAGUCAUACCUUAUCUUGUCAAACUAUGGAGCCUUGUACCUCAGAUGAAUUUUUUCAGGCUCUCAACCACGCUGAACAAACUUUUAAAAAGAUGGAGAAUUAUCUUAGGCACAAACAGCUAUGUGAUGUGGUGUUAGUUGCUGGUGAUCGUAGAAUUCCAGCUCACAGAUUGGUUCUCUCCUCUGUUUCGGACUACUUUGCGGCAAUGUUCACUAAUGACGUAAGGGAAGCAAGACAGGAAGAAAUCAAGAUGGAAGGUGUGGAGCCAAAUGCAUUGUGGGCUCUGGUUCAAUAUGCAUAUACAGGUCGCCUUGAAUUAAAAGAAGAUAACAUUGAGUGCCUGUUGUCUACAGCUUGCCUUCUUCAGCUCUCUCAGGUUGUAGAAGCAUGCUGUAAAUUCCUAAUGAAGCAGCUUCACCCAUCCAAUUGCCUUGGAAUCCGAUCUUUCGCUGAUGCGCAAGGUUGCACUGACUUGCACAAGGUGGCUCACAAUUACACUAUGGAAAACUUCAUGGAAGUAAUUAGAAACCAGGAAUUUCUAUUAUUGCCAGCCACUGAAAUUGCAAAGCUUUUAGCAAGUGAUGACAUGAAUAUUCCUAAUGAAGAAACUAUACUGAAUGCACUACUUACGUGGGUUCGACAUGAUUUGGAACAGAGAAGGAAAGAUCUCAGUAAACUCCUGGCUUACAUUAGACUGCCUCUGCUUGCUCCACAAGUAAAUUGCUCAAUUCCUCUCUAGUUUCUACCAUGGUUACAAUGGGCAUAAUGUCUACAGCAUUGAUAUAUUGAUAGUGACAAAUCAUAAAAGCUUCAGGAUUCUUAAUGAUUUGGAUUCUUAGAGCUGCAUAUAAGGACUUAGCAUGUUGCAUAGGCAUGACAGUUUGUGUCUGUUUGUGAACUGCAGCGUAUUCUGAUCCUAACCUGAGAUCAGUUGGGACACAAGAAGGGGUGGAGCUGCUAGGAAAAAAUUGCUUCUGUUGCCUAGAAAAAUGCUUAUCAAGGAUAUGUUUGUCACUAGAA